AACCGCUCUUGUCAAAAUAUGACGACGACUUGGAUGGGGGAUGGCAAAAGUUAGACGUGGACUGAACUUUGGUAGGACAACAAACAGCACAUCGGCGGCGCCACCUCUGUCGACUGGUGUGAGCAGCGACAACCGGCAGGAUGGACGAGUCCGGAGCGGAGAAGCAAGUCCUGACCUCUGCAGCGAGACGGAGUACAGUAUCGUCUCCCCCGUCCGCUACAGUAUGCCAUCAUCCACCCACACAGGUGCUGCUAACUGUAAACCCAACUUGUUAACCAAUGGUAAAGAAUCCAUCCUAACGCUCCAGGAGAUAGAGUGUGCGAGUGUUUCACAAGCAGGGCUGGUACAACUGCUUCUCGGCGACAUCCGAUUAGACAGUUCUGUCAGCCCGUCCACCGCCAUCGCAGGGAAUGUGCAUUGUACAGCAUCGUGCUGUGCCGCUUGGCCGAUCGGUUUCACUUUCUUGGCGGCAGAAAUAAGGUCCUCCGGAUAAUACGGAUAACGUAGGCCUAUCGUUCCGG